AUGCCAGCGCCAAACGAAGCCCUCCAGCAGCAAGUGGAGUGUCCAUUUGGCCUAGAGAUCUGCAAAAAACUCCAUCGUCUGCCAUGCGAACACUUCUUCUACAGAGAACCCUGUCUGCAGAAUUUGCUCAAUGCAGAACAACCAACCUGCCCAAUGUGCUAUCGAGAUUUCUCCGAGGCGGACUUCACGCCGUUCCGCUUUCUCCUUAAGCUGCUGACACUUAUGUCGGAAGCCAACCAAUGCGGCGAAGUUAGUCUGCAAGAAAGUCACCAAAUCGACACUGUAAUAUGUCCCAUCUGCGUCCAGCAGGUAGAAACCUCGCUGCGGAGGUCAGAUCACUUUUCGAAACUGGUGUGCGCCGACUGUUGGAGAACCGGCGGAAUACCUCAUCAACUGACUAUUGAGGAAACCACCGACGGGGAAAUUAUGCGUACCAGUAUCAUUGUUAGGGAGAAUGAGUUGCAAAAAAGCCAACGGGAGGAAAAAGCGGUGUGUCCCAACUGUGUCCGCUGGGUAGAAACGCCGCUGCAGAGGUCGGAACACUUUCCGGAACUGGUGUGCGCUGACUGUUGGAGUACCAGCGAAAUGCUGCUCAAAUUUUCUAUCCAGCAAACUAACAUGGAGGAAAUUGGCAUUAACGGUGACACAAUAAAAUAA